GGCCAGUGACGCCCCCGAGCCCAGCUGCAGAAGCAACCGCCACCUCCAAUGCACAAGGUGUCACAUUUGAAAAAAAACCUGAGCCCCAGGGAGGCGGCGCAGAGCGACCCCGGCCAGGCUAGCUCAAACUGCGCGGCACGGCGCUGGGCAGCGCUGGAGAAGCGGGAGACCUCCACCGCUGAACAUCCUAGCGACCUGAUUCUGGGAUCUCGGCUCCACGCUCCCUUCGCAAUUUUCAGAUUUCUCCCUCUUGAUUAUUUCUCCAAAACGGAGCCUUUAUACCAGGAGAAGGUGCCUGAGCUGGGACAACCAGGACUUUCCAGGGCACCCAAGAUGCGCUCCAUUAGAAAACGGUGGACCAUCUGCACUAUAAGUCUACUCCUCAUCUUUUAUAAGACAAAAGAAAUAGCCAGAACUGAGGAGCACCAAGAGACGCAACUCAUUGGAGAUGGUGAAUUGUGUUUGAGUAGAUCACUUAUCAACAGCUCUGAUAAAAUCAUUCGGAAGGCUGGCUCUACCAUCUUCCAACAUUCCGUACAAGGCUGGAAAAUCAAUUCUUCUUUAGUCCUGGAGAUAAGGAAGAACAUUCUCCGUUUCUUAGAUGCGGAACGUGAUGUAUCUGUGGUCAAGAGCAGCUUUAAGCCUGGUGAUGUCAUACACUAUGUGCUGGACAGACGUCGGACACUAAAUAUUUCUCAUGAUCUGCAUAGCCUCCUUCCUGAAGUUUCACCAAUGAAAAACCGGAGGUUUAAGACCUGUGCUGUUGUUGGAAAUUCCGGCAUUCUACUAGACAGUGGAUGUGGAAAGGAGAUUGACAGCCACAACUUUGUAAUAAGGUAA